AUGGUCCUGAAAAACUGGGUUGCAGGGCUAGUUUUAUUGUUCUUACUCUUGUCAUUUCACCUAAGGCUCAGGGUGGUAUUGAAGAACCCCUUAAUUGGAAGGCCUCUUCAAAUUCCUGUCUCUGUUGAUUCAUCUGUUCAUCUUUCCUGGUCUUAUCCUCGGAGCUCAGCAUCUGUGUCGAUCGAUCUGCGAAAUGACACACAAAUCCUGCCUGAUGACAUGCUGCUCUCCAGCCUUUUCUCUCCUCGAAAUCUCUCAAGUUCAGAGACACAGUGCCUUCAGACUUGGUAUUACUUGGACAGCUUAUUGAACUCCUCUCAGGCCUUACCGAAUGCCAUUGAGGCCAGCCGAGGAGCUGUAGUUGCAUGGCAAAGUCUCAUGGACUCGGUCGAAGAGGAAAAGUCGAAUGGCUCUGGAAAUGGAACUGCAAAACUGAAGGAAAAGGAGAAAUUGUGCCCGUAUUCGAUUCGAAGAAUGAAUGCUUCAGAGUUUGUUGAUGAUGGCUUCAAGUUGGUGAUUCCCUGUGGACUGACCCAUGGUUCCUCAAUCACAACGAUUGGCACUCCGAGUGGAUUGCUCGGUAACUUUCAGAUUGAACUAAUCGGGGCAGGCCUUCCGUCGGAGCUAGAUCCUCCUCCGAUCAUCUUGCGUUACAAUGUCCGGCUUCACGGUGAUGAAAUGACUGAGGAUCCAGUGAUCGUCCAGAAUUCAUGGAGUGCAGCUACUGAUUGGGGCAAAGAGGAGAGAUGUCCUUCUGAAGAUGUUCAAAACAAUUUGAGAGUUGAUGAUUUAGAGCAAUGCCUUGACAUGAUCGGCAAAGACAAGGACUACAAGUCUAACUUAUACAAUUUUCCAAGGAGGUCCAUGGGCCUAAUGGAUGUCGUAGAACAAAGAAAAUACUUUCCCUUUAGGCAAGGAAAUCUUGCCAUUGCUACCAUUAGGAUGGGAUUGGAGGGAAUCCAAAUGACAGUCGAUGGCAAGCACAUAACUUCAUUCGCCUACCGAGAAAGCAUGGAGCCAUGGCUUGUGAGUGAAGUGAGAAUAACAGGAGACAUUAAACUGAUUUCUGUUCUCUCAAGUGGUUUGCCAACUUUAGAGGACUUCAAGCAUGUUAAAGAUUUAGACAUAAUAAAGUCACAACCAAUACCACUUCACAAACCGGUGAAGCUUUUCAUCGGUGUGUUCUCGACGGCAAACAAUUUCAGACACAGAAUGGCAAUUCGAAGAACAUGGAAACAGUACGAAGCCAUUCGAUCUGGAUCUGUCGCCGUGCAAUUUUUCGUAGGUCUGCACAAAAACAAAAUGGUAAAUGAGCAACUUUGGAUCGAAGCUCACACCUAUGGAGAUAUCCAACUGAUGCCGUUCAUCGAUUACUAUACUCUAAUAACAUGGAAGACAAUAUCGAUUUGUAUCUAUGGGACAAACAUUAUAUCCGCAAAGUAUGUAAUGAAAACAGAUGAUGACUCUUUUGUUCGUGUCGAUGAAUUACUAACCGAGCUAGAGGAAGAGAAGGCGACGAGAGGGCUAUUGUAUGGCCGUAUCAACAAUGAUUCUCAACCUCAUCGAAAUGAGGACAGCAAGUGGUACAUAAGCCCCGAGGAAUGGCCUGAGGAGAACUAUCCAACUUGGGCUCAUGGACCCGGUUACAUAGUAUCGUGUGACAUCGCAAAAGCUGUAUAUAAGCAGUACAGGGAAGGGCAUUUGAAGAUGUUCAAGUUGGAAGAUGUUGCAAUGGGCAUUUGGAUAGAAGACAUGAAGAAGGGAGGGAUGAGCAUUGCCUACGUCGACGAUCGGAGGAUCGACAGCGACGGGUGUGCCAACGGAUAUGUUGUAGCUCAUUACCAGCAGCCAAGGCAGAUGCUGUGCUUGUGGCAAAAGCUCCAAGAGACAAACCAAGCAAUUUGUUGUAGUUGA